AUGGACUUCUCAGAGUACACCGGCCCUAGUGAGGAGUGGCUAGCCCUGGAGGCCACCCUUCCUCCUCCCCCUCUCGGUCUUCCAAUCGAGGAGCUGAAAGCAGUUAACAACGCACGCCGCGAGCAGGAUGCGGCAGAAGCUAUGAACAAGCUUGGUCUCCAUCAGAUAGUUAACCUGCAAGACCAUACAAUCCCAACCCGUGACGGCAACAUCAUCGAAGCACGCAGCUACCGACCUACCGGAGUGGAUAGAAAUCAGCCUCUCCCUGUCUACCUUCAUUUUCACGGAGGUGGCUUCGUCUUCGGUACAUUGUCUUCAGAAGAUGCCACAUGCGCUCAGAUCGUCGCGACUCUUGCUGAACAGAGUACCUUUGUUGUCGUGGUGAAUGUGAAUUACAGACAUACACCAGAGCACAAAUACCCCGUCGCAUGGAACGACGCCGAAGACGCCUUCUUCUGGGUCCAUGAUCACGUUGGCGAGAUCGGCGGCGACAGCGAGAGACUGGUCAUCGGAGGUAUCUCUGCUGGGGCUUGGCUUACGGCAUCGCUUACCCUAGAGCAACAACUGAGAGAGCCAGGAGAUCUUGCAGCGCGGCCCAGGAUCAAGGGGCAAGUUCUUAUGAUUCCGGUACUAGUUCAUCAUGACUGUUAUGAGCCGCAGCUGAUGAGGCUUCGGGACCCGAACACUUCGAGCUGGGUCACAAAUCGGGACGCGCCUAUUCUUCCGCGUCGGACAAUGGAGUUCUAUACUUCACUCUUAGGGAUAGGAGCCUCAAGGGAGAUUAAGGGCAAUUUGAGGUUAAACCCGGGCAAUGCUACUGCGGAGCAGGUGACAGGACUGCCGCCUACGACAUUUGGCGUUGCGGGACUGGAUCCGUUAAGAGAUGAAGGGUUGUUGUAUGCUGAUUUGUUAAGUCGAAACGGGGUUCCGACGCAAACAAAUGUCUUCAGGGGUGUUCCGCAUGGUUUUCGCAGGUAUGGGGAGAAGCUGUCGGUAUGUGAGCAUUGGGAUCGGAUUAUGGUCGAGGGAAUCAAGUUUGCGCUGAGUGAUCCUACUCCCGGAAAGUUUGAGAUUCAUGCAUUUUGA